CAUACGGACAGUGCGCAGUGACACCCUCGGCUACCAGCAUGUGCACGUCGAAUAAAACCAUUAUUUUGUGUUAAUAUAAAACCAGAGAAACUAUUACUGAACAAUCUUGACAGUUAUUCAAUGUGUUAUCACGGUUAAACGAGAUAUCUUUAGAUAAAAAUAUCUCAAGCACAUAACAAUUGUUGCUUGCUAAAAGAGGCUGUGUUUCAAGUGUUACUUAUUAUUUGAAUUAUUACUAGUUAUAUUAGAAACAUUGGAUUGGAUAGACCGGACGCGGCUAGCUGUAUAUUUAAAUUCACGAAGCUAGCAUCAUGUCAAGAGUAAUAGGGCUGGGCAAGAUGGCGCUACGCAAGUACCCCCUGAUGACCAACACGGCUGUGUACGCCACCUUCUACACGGCGGCGGAACUGUCACAACAGACCUUCAACAAAUAUAAUUCGCCUGAAAAGCCGGAGAUAGACUUUGCAGCGGCGGCGCGCAUCGUGGCAGUCGGCAGCUGCGUCUACGCUCCUACCUUGUAUUAUUGGUAUAAGUUCCUAGAUGCGAAGUUCGUAGGUAAUGCGAUGAAGACGGUGGCCACGAAGGUGGUGAUCGAUCAGUUCACGAUGACCCCGGUCCUGCUAGCCAGCUUUUAUGUCAUACUCGGCUUCUUAGAAGGCAAAGCCAACAUCUUCGAAGAGCUGAAAGAGAAGUACUGGAAGACUUUCAUCGCCAACCAGUGCUUCUGGAUCCCUGGACAGACCAUCAACUUCUACUUCAUGCCUCCUCAGCUGAGGGUCGUCUACAUCUCAUCUGUCUCUUUCAUUUGGAUCAACGUGCUUUGCUUCAUCAAGAGACAGAAGAUGACUACCAGUGAAAAGGAUCUAUGAGAA